AGCCAACAAUCACUUUCAUGUAGUUGGCUGUUCCGCCACAAAACCAUCAAGAAAUCUUUGCACUUGCAGAAGUUAUAGCCGUCGAGAUUGUUGGGUUUGUAAUAUAUAUAAGCAAGGAUUAUUUGGUCUUGUUUUGUAUAACAAAAACAUAACAGAACUCUUUUGUCCAUAAAGGGAAAAUGGGUCUUACUCUUAUUAGGUUUUGGAGACUCUUUGGUGCUUGUUUUCUUGGAGUUUUCUUUUCUCAUAGUUCAUGUUCCUCUGCUGAUAAAGCACCAAAUUACUCAUUUGUGAAAGAUGCAACUUCUGCUCCACCAACAUCUUACUAUGACUACAUCAUUGUUGGGGGAGGAACCGCUGGCUGCCCAUUAGCUGCCACUCUCUCCCAAAACGCCAGCGUUUUGCUCCUCGAGCGCGGGGGCUCACCCUAUGGCAACCCUAACAUCACCAAUUUGGCAAAUUUUGGAGCUGCACUGUCUGAUCCUUCUCCAACGUCUCCCUCCCAACGCUUCAUUUCUGAAGAUGGGGUGAUCAAUGCCCGUGCAAGGGUGUUGGGGGGUGGAAGUUGCCUAAAUGCAGGGUUUUAUACACGUGCUAGUACUGCCUAUGUAAGGACUGUGGGAUGGGAUGGAAGGCUAGUGAACGAAUCAUACCAGUGGGUGGAGAAGAUAGUUGCAUUCGAGCCUAUUAUGAGGCAGUGGCAAACAGCGGUGAGGGAUGGGCUAUUGGAGGCUGGGGUGCUGCCGAAUAAUGGCUUCACAUAUGACCAUUUUAAUGGCACUAAAGUUGGUGGGACAAUAUUUGAUCAAGAUGGACACAGACAUUCCGCUGCUGAUCUAUUGUACUAUGCCAACCCAUCUGGACUGACUGUCCUUUUGCAUGCUCCUGUGCAUAAGAUACUUUUCAGAACUCAAGGAAAAGCAAGGCCAAUGGCCCAUGGAGUGGUAUUUAGAGAUGCAUCAGGGGCUAAACACAGAGCCUAUUUGAAAAGAGGGCCCAAAAAUGAAAUCAUCGUAUCAGCUGGUGCACUUGGAAGCCCACAGCUGCUGAUGAUAAGUGGAGUUGGCCCUGCAGCCCAACUCAAAGCACACAACAUCACAGUUGUCUUGGAUCAGCCCAUGGUUGGCCAGCUCAUGUCUGAUAACCCAAUGAAUGCCAUUUUCAUCCCGUCCCCGCUUCCUGUAGAGGUUUCGCUGAUUCAAGUCGUCGGUAUCACUCACUUCGGAAGCUACAUUGAGGCUGCUAGCGGUGCAGACUUCGAUGCUGGUGUUAUGGCCACUCGCAGAGAUUAUGGGAUGUUUUCUCCCAAGAUUGGUCAGCUCUCAACUGUGCCACCUAAACAAAGGACACCAGAAGCCAUAGCCAAAGCAAUUGAACUAAUGAACAAUCUUGACGAACAAGCAUUUAGAGGUGGUUUCAUUCUUGAGAAAAUCAUGGGUCCACUUUCCACCGGUCAUUUAAAGCUAACAAAUAGAAACCCCAAUGAUAAUCCAUCAGUAACAUUCAACUACUUCAAGGAACCUCAAGAUUUACAAAGAUGUGUUGAAGGAAUUUCAACAAUAGAGAAAGUAGUUGAUUCCAAGCCUUUCUCUGCGUUUAGGUACGACUUUUUGUCUGUACCAGAACUAAUAAAUAUGACAGCAAAUGCACCAAUAAAUUUAUUACCAAGACAUAGCAACACUUCGACAUCUUUAGAACAAUUUUGUAAAGAUACUGUCAUGACCAUAUGGCAUUAUCAUGGAGGUUGUCAAGUGGGUACUGUUGUUGACACUAAUUACAAGGUUCUUGGCGUCGAUGCCCUUAGGGUUAUUGAUGGGUCUACAUUUAAUGCCUCUCCUGGGACCAAUCCUCAAGCCACUGUCAUGAUGCUUGGAAGGUACAUGGGAGUUAAAAUAUUGAGCGAGAGGCUGGCAACUGAGGACUCAAAGUAAUUGAUCAAAUAAUUAUUUGAUUUUUAUGUAUGUUUGAGAACCCCUGUUCUCUUUUUUUUUUUUUUUUUUUUUUUAAUUUCUUGGGCAUCAACCUCCCAUAAAAAUUUGAGAUUAUCUCAAAUUUUCAUGGCCUAUAUAAGCAAAAAGUUAUACUACUUCUGUCCUUGUGUUGCUUUAUAAAACUGAUGAUUGUAGUUUAUUAAUAAUUGAAAUUUCUUUGGAGCAAAAAGUUUGGAUUGAGUUGAUGAACAUAAAAUGGAAUAGUUUUUAUGGCAAAAAUGGAGUAGUUUAUAAAAAGUAGUUAUUCAUCUUCCACCUGUUAUGUCCAAUCUUAUAUAUUUAUUUUACGAGAAAAUAUAAGCUAAUGCGUCCAUGGGAAAGUUUAAAUCCAUCCAUGCAAAAUUCAAAAUGAUAUGAUAACUCAAAUUUUCUUAUUUUUAUUUGGAAACAUGGAAGACAAAAAGGUAAAUAGAAGAGAAUUCUGAUUGGGCAAAGAUAAAAAUCUAAUAUAUACAUUUCCAGAAACCAAGUAAAAGAAAUUAUAAUGUAAAUGAAAAUGAGAAAGAAUAUGACAUAGGAUAUACCUUGAGGCCCAGAAUUUGCUAGCUGCCACCUGCACUGAGGCAAAAGAAAAGAAGGCAUCUGCUCCUCUUCAUCACUGCUUUUUCUCCUUUUCCCUCUCCCCUUAAUCUCCAAAACACUGAUGGAAAACAAUAAAGGUAGCUAGACACAGAACAUACAGGAAAUAGGUCUAAAUCAGGGUUACUAGAAUCUCUAAGUAGACUUUACAAUCGUAUAAAAGAUCAUUGCAUGGAAUGCGUAGAAAGCAGGCACCAAAAGGGAUAUCCACACAGCAUAUGCUAUUCCGACAAGGCCUAUAAAAGCUCUCGGUCUGUGUUACCUUGCUUGCAGUUUGUGUUCAAGUCACAAAUAUAGCUAGAGUUAACUACAUCAAGGAAGAAGAAGAAGAAGAAGAAGAAGAAGAAGAAGAAAGAAGAUGAUGAUAAGUGAACUAGUUGUAGGGCUUCUCUCCUUUGGCAAGCAUCGAUAAAAAAAAUGUGAUAGAUCAAUUUAUAAAUUUAUUAAUUAGUUGCUCUAUUAUAGUUCUUUGAUGAUUCGCCAAAGGAGAGUUGCCCUUCUACUUCUUCUACUUAAUACGUGUAAAUCUCAAGAGCUUAGGUAUAGCCAUUGCUUCCCAUCUCAAGCUCAAGGUAAGCUGUAGCUAGCUAGCACUUGUGUAUAAAUGAACCUGUGAUCAUUAUAAUUAAGUUAUAUAAUCUAUGUUUAAAUUCCUUUUUUACGCCAUAUUGCUUGUGUUUUAUUAGAAGCGCAUGUGCAUGGUGUUGGGUGUAUUAUUUAUUAUAUAUAUCCUAUGCUCAUGAACUACUACGGUUCAAGAUAUAUCAUAUCUAACAAAUUUGUUCAAUAUUACUUCAAUAUACUAUAUGUAACAAAAGUUGUGCAGAAAUUAUAUAUAUAUGUGUUUAAUAGUAACAUGCAAAUGCAACCAAGUUGUGGAUCGAUCAAAGAAAAUAUGCUGAUAGUAAAAUGUUAUUUGUGCGUGUAGCAUGAAUGCACGACAAGCCAUAUACUGCUGAUUCUUAUAGAGAAAAGGACACAUAUUUGUAUAUUUUGUGGAUUGCAAAAACUAAAAAGUAGUUCAUAAUUCAGCAAUUGGAGAUUGUAAUUGAUUACGCAAAGCUUGAAACUAUAAAUUGUUUUAUUUCCAUUCCUAAUUUCUGGAAAGAAUUAGAUUUACCCUUCUCAAAUAUAUCAUAUACAAGGGUAUGCAACCAUUAAUUGGUAGUAUUUAUAGAAGAUUAUUAUUAUUGUUGUUGUUGUUAAUUUUUUAUUUGAAGAGUAGUGUAAAUGUAUGUUAUAAUUUAUUGAUCACCUAAUAUACUAACUCGGUUUAUCAAGUGUAAUUUUAUAUGAGUUUUACAUGUAUUUUAAUUCCCUAAAAUCCAAGAGGAAGUUAUUAUUUUUUAUAUAUAGGAAAAGAGUUUUUUCUAUUCUUCUUUAAUUACCAUAACUUCCAAAAGUUAUAUUAUAGAAGACAUUGAUGACAUGGAUUAAUUAGUUCAACAAGUUUUGAGCACAACUUGAAUUAUUUUAUACUAUUAACGUCCGGUAAAAUGGUUUGAUAAUCCAAUCACUUUCUAAUCAAUCAUAUAAAUUACAAGUGUCCAUAGUUUCUAGCAAGGAUAGCUUAUUUUGCUUCAAAAGAGAAAUUUAUUUAAAUGUAUAUUCAACUAAAUAUAUUAUGCUAUAUUGCUGUUUGGUACAUUAAAAAUGAUUUCUUUUUUUCUUUCUAACAAAAAAUAAAGUAAAAAACCAAUUAGGAUUUUAUGUCGAACACAAAAGCAUCAAAGUUGAGAUGGCCGAGUUGGUCUAAGGCGCCAGAUUAAGGUUCUGGUCCGAAAGGGCGUGGGUUCAAAUCCCACUCUCAACAUUACCUUUUACUCUUUUUCUUUUUUUCUUUUAUAAAAGGAUUGCUAAUUCUAGUUAGGUAUUUUCUUUUCGUGUCUAGCACACAGUAUAUGCACUUUUACAUACACAUUGGCUUUUCUUUUUUUUCCUUGCAAAAGAAUAGUUUUGGAAUUUAACCAUGAUUAGAGAAAAAAAAAAAAAGAAGAAAAAUCUAUAGCUUAAGCAAUAUAACAACUAUUUAAAUUUCUUGUUAAUUUUCAUAAAUGUUCAAUAUUCGUAAAAGAACUCCAUGUGAUAGAAGAAAUCGUCUUGUAACUUUAUUUUAUGAUAUUUUUAUACUUUAUGUUUUAUUUCGUUCAACAUUUAAAUAUUCAACCAACUAAUAGAGUUAGUAUUUUAUAGUUAAUAUGAACUUUUAGUAAUGAACAAUUUUAUUCUAAUAAAAUGACAUAAACAUACAUUACAAAGUUAAAAUUCAUUCGGAUAAAUUUUAUCUUUAAAUUCAACUAUAAAUUAUAAAAUCCUAAAGUAAUAUAUGUCUUUCCCUUUUAAGUUUGUGAUCAAUAUUGAUUUGGAUACUUUAGUUAAUAAAAUCCUUAAUUAGAAAGUUAAUAACUUGAUUGUGGAUCAGAGUGUAAAUAGCAAACAUACAAAUCUAAUUUUGAAGAAGAGAAAAAAAAAAAAAAAAAAACCUCUCCAGUAUUGGUAGAUGGCAAGGAAGGACCGGCGGCUUUCAUGUAGAGACUUGCAUUGAUGCGUUUUCUCUUUGUUUUCCCUAUUCAACAGGAAAGCCGGUUUACUGGAAAAUAAGAUCCAGAUUAUUCCGUUGAAACUCGAUAUCAAAUACAAGGACGACAUGGAACCAACAAGGACCACAAAAGUUUGUAGAGAAACAUGGGGGAUUUUUCUUGCAUACUUCCAACACUAAAGACUCGUUAUGUUGGAACAAAAUGACAAAACGACCUCGACCCCAUCCUCGUGGUGGGGACGAUGGUAUGGUAUGAUACAGAAAAUGACGUUACACAAACUGUAAGAAUUUUGCUCUAAAGAAGCAGGACCAGUGUUCCUUUCCUUAUCCCUCAAUAUGUAUACAAUAUGAAAUUAAGCCAAUAAAUUAGUAAAAUAAUGGGGAAAAAGCUUCACUGCCA